CAGCUGCUCUAGCCAUGGGUCGCUAUCACCCGAGUAGACGGUGGCAAGCAAUCCCAGGUUUGAUUCUUGGUGCAGCACUGUGCUGCAAGCUAAAUUCGCCUUGCUUCUCAGCAGGCAGUGCUAAGCCCCGGUCGCACUCUGUACAGCGACGACAGGUGUCUGUGCUACUUCCGCUUCUUGGAGCCGAGCCAGCAAAUGCCCUAAGUAAGGAUGAGUCGCUGGUCACUUCCCUCUUCGAGCGGGUGACUCCUGGAGUGGUGUCCAUUGCCAAGGAGGCUCCCCCAGAGGAUUCUCUUGGAACAAAACCAUCUGCUGGACUGGCAGGGAGUGGAUUUGUUUGGGACAAUCGGCAUGUGGUGACGAACUAUCAUGUCAUCAACGAGCUCCAGACGCCCUUUGUGACCUUCCUACUGAAUGACAAUGGAGGCAUCAAACGCAUGAGCUAUUUGGCCCAAGUGGUGGGCUAUGACACCACCAGCGAUGUAGCAGUGUUGGAAGUGCAAAGUCAGGACAAAUCAAGCCUUCCAAAGGGUUUGAUGCAGCCACUUCUGCGUGGACACUCUGACAAACUUCUGGUAGGUCAGAACGUUUUCGCCUUUGGCAAUCCUUUCGGCCUAGAACACAGCCUUAGCCGUGGAAUCAUCAGUGGAGUCUCAAGAAAGAUGGAAGGCACCGGAGGCAGGCCCAUCAGUGGUGUCAUUCAAACCGAUGCCAGUAUCAAUCCUGGGAACAGCGGUGGACCACUUCUGAACAGCGACGGAGAGGUGAUUGGUGUGAAUACUGCAAUCCUAUCUGGAAGCGGAAUGUUUGCUGGAGUAGGACUGGCUGUCCCCAUUGACACAGUCUCGAAGAAUGUUGAAAGCAUCAUAUCGAAAGGCUUUGUGAAGCGGCCGCUUCUGGGGCUGAUCUUUGCACCAGACGUCAUGGAUCAAGAACUCCAACUGAAUGGCAUCAUGGUCAUGAAGGUAAUUCCUGGUGGCCCUGCAGAAUCCGCAGGAGUGCGGCCAAUGCGUGGCGGCCGCUUGGGAGACGUUGUGGUGGCCAUGGAUGGGAAGAAAAUCUCGUCAACUGAUGACUUGUUCGGCAUGCUCGAGACUCGUGCUCCGGGUGAUUUGGUAAAACUUCGGCUACAGCGGCCUAAUGCCGACUUGGACAGCGAAGUGAUGGAAGAAAUUGAAGUUCCGAUCAAGCUUGGCCAGGCGACGGACAAGUGAAGCUUUGAAUGACUUAGAUUUGCUGUGAGAUAUCGGACCUGGCCUCCAGAAGCUCAAAGUGCAGCUUUUCUCUUUCUCUUUGUGACGGGUUCAAGUAGAAGAAGGACUAUGCGGGACUAUGAUCUUCGCAAGAAUACCAUGGAAAACCAUGUGCAUCCAUGGGCUACUUCUCGCAGCGCCCUUUGCGACAAAAAAAAUGCUGCCAC